AUGGCGUCGAAUUUUGUAAACAAAGAAAUUGAAUCUCGUAUUAAACAAUCACCUGAUAAUUCGUUCGAAGUUUUUCUUGAAAUUCAACAACCGAUCAAUAAAGAACCUCCGGAAAUUUUAAUCAAAUAUCCAGAUGAUUUCUCAGAUCAGAUACUUAAAACAGCAGCUAAUUUUGCAUAUCCAUGCCAAAUGCCACUAGAUGAUCAAAGCGAACAUUUUACAUUUGUUGUUCUUGAUUCAACAGGCGCAAUAUUUCGUUUUGGUUAUUGUCGUCGCUCUAGUCGAGAAUCAACUUGUUUAUUUUUUGUUGAUAGUUAUUACCCAUGGUAUGAAAUAUUCUAUAAUGUUCUUAAUGAUUUAUCACAAAUCAUCAAUUCGAAAUCAGCUACAGAAGUUGAAGCAUUUCUAUCGUCACUAUAUAAUUAUAAAGUCUUGUCAAAUGAAGAAUUUCAGAAAAAUUCUGGAAAAGAACGAAUUGAAAUACAUAUUCCUUCAAAAACUUAUUAUUACAUGCGACCUGAUCUGGAUAAAUUACCUUCAAUGUUAUCUAAUCGCAAUUUUUCAGUCAUGUUUUCUCGUUUGGGUCCAGAUAUAAUGUUACAUUUAUUUGCAUAUUUAUUAUUUGAACGACGAAUCUUAUUUAUAUCAUCCAAACUCUUUCAUUUAACUGCAUGUGCUUGUGGAUGUUUAUGUUUAAUAAAUCCAAUGCAUUGGCAAAAUAUUUUUGUACCAAUUCUUCCUGAAUCUAUGGCAAACACACCACAAUGUUCAGCACCGUAUAUAAUUGGAUUACAUUCAAGUAUUUAUUCGAAUUUAAAUAAAAGUGAAUUAGGUGAUGUAGUUGUAAUAAAUAUUGAUACACGAACAGUUGAAUCUCAAUAUAAUGAUCUGAAUUUAUUUCCGAAAAAUCUCAUACGUCAAAUGAAAAAAGAUCUUCAACAGUCAUUACAAUUAGGUGGAGAUCAUUUUGCAAGAGUUUUUCUUCGAACUAUGGCAUUGAUUAUUGGAAAUUAUGGAAGUGGAUUUGUUAUUAAAAAUAAUAAAUUAGAUUUUGAUAGAGAUGUUUAUUUGAAGCAAUAUGUUGGAUCUGAUAUAUACCCAUUUAUGUCUUCUAUUGUUAAUACACAAAUGUUUGAACAGUUUUCUAGAUACCGGACUUAUGCGCAACUUGAACGUGAUAUUGAGAUUGAUGAAUUUGAACUCGAAGCAACUAAUCCUCUUAUUGAGCAAGUACAAAAUAAAGCUGAAAAAUUACACCUUGCUAUUAACAAAGCUGGACAAAAAGUUGUGAAUGAAGCAUCAGCAGUAAAGACUAAUCUAACAUCACUCGAUAUACAUGAUACUACUAAACGAAAGAUUAGUGAUCCAAUUGAAUCAAAUCAUUUAGCAAUUCCUCAAUUAACUGGAGCAGAUAACUUAGCAUCUUCAUCGUCUCGGUCUUCAACGCCUGAUUUCGAACAGUGUAAAACCAAUUCUCUAAUCAAUUUCGAUACUGAUGAAAAUUUAUUAUUACCAUCUCCGAUUAUCUUAGAAGUUAUUGAAAAGCCGUUAAUUCUCGAAAGCUUUCGACAAUCUCCACAAAUCGAUUCAAAAAUUAAACACUUACAAAAUGAAUUACAAAAUAAAAUUCAAACGUUUGAUAAUAAACGUAUUGAUCCGCGUGAUGAAUAUACCGAAGAACAACAAGAAAUUAAACAACUUGUUCAACAAUUUGAUCCAUUUGAUCAAGCAAAUACAGUUUUAUUUCGUUCAGAUAUAAAUAUAUCCGAUCGACAUCCAUCACUCAAUGAAACAAUUCCGAGUAAUCGUGUAAAUAACGUUCUCAAAAAUAUUCAAUCAAAUUUUGGAACAAAUUUUAAAUCUACUCAACUAAUUGAACCAGUUUAUAGCUCAUCAUUAUCGUCAGAUUUUGAUCCAUUAGUAUCCUCAACAAAUAAUGUCUAUCCUCAUCCUCCUCCAUCAGAUACAAAUGGAUCGAAUUUAAUUGAUUUUAAUUAA